GGCGGCCGUUUCUUCGACAAGAUGGCCGAACAUGCACCCAGUAAACCGGGUCAGGUACGGGUCGGGGCAAUCUAAGUAGUCAACCGGAGGGGUCAAGUACUGUAUUGUUCUGGGUCCUGGACUCUUUCGCCAUGUGUGUGACAUCGUUUACACGGCGAUGGAGAGUAUAGUUGUUUCGUGCCUAGAUGAGACUGACCGGCAUGCCGAAAUUGGAGGGAUAUCUGGUUGUGCUCAUAUAUAUUCUCUGGACCUCCGACUGAACACGGCUAUUUGCGACCUUCAGACUUAGCUAUUAUGGGUUCUUACUUCAAAGCAGCCGUAUUUGGGGGAGCUCUGCUCAAUGGUGGAUUUGCUGUCGCUCAAGCAUCGACCAAGGCGGCCGUAACAUGUCCCUCCACAGCGAAAUUCAACACUAUAUCCGCCUCCAAGUUCUACGCUGGACUGAAUCCCGGCUGGAACGUAGGCAACACGCUUGAUGCCAUUGAGACGGAAGGAUCGUGGAACAACCCCCCUGUUGUCGACAGCACAUUCAACGAUGUCGAAAACGCUGGGUUCAAGAGCGUUCGUCUGCCCGUUACUUGGGCAUACCAUUUCAAGUCUCAGGCACCAGACUACACCGUUGACCCGACCUGGCUGCAGCGAGUAUCCGACGUCGUGGACAUGAUCGAUCGCAGGGGCCUUUACACUAUCGUCAAUGUCCAUCACGAUAGCUGGAGUUGGGCGGACCUUACACAGUCUGCGACCAACGUGACGAUGGUCGAGGACAAGUUGUACAAGUUGUGGUUCCAAAUUGGUACCAAGCUGGCUUGCAAGGGUGAGCGAGUGGCCUUUGAAACGAUCAACGAAUUACCGGGAACGACAGCAGAGCACGGCGCAAUCACGAACAGACUGAACAACAUCUUUCUCCAGGCCAUCAACGACGCUGGCGGCUUCAACCCGCAGAGAGUCGUCACGCUCGUCAGCUCAGGCGAAGACGGAUACAAGACAACGCAGUGGUUCGAGCCUCCUGAUGCAAAGUUCAAGAACCCAUGGGGUAUUCAGUACCACUACUACUCACCCUACGACUUCAUCUUCGGCGCCUGGGGAAAAACAACCUGGGGUUCCGCCGCCGAAAAAGCCACCCUCGAAACCGACAUCGCCGUCGUCCGUGGAAACUUCACCGGCAUCCCCAUAGUCAUCGGCGAAUGGGCCGCGUCGCCCGUCGCGACCGAAACAGCAGCCCGCUGGCGCUACUUCGACUUCUUCAUCCGCACGGCCGCAAAGUACAACACCUCGACCGUGCUGUGGGAUAACGGCGCCGACUUCCUCGACCGCGCAGCCCACACGUGGCGCGACGAGGUCGCAAUGGACAUCUACCGCAACGCGGUGAAGGGGAUCCCGAACGCGCUGCCGGACAGCACCACGGAUGGGUCUGCCACCCGUCAGGAGAGCUCUGCGUACAUCUACCAUGCGAAGAACAGCAGCGUGGCCGCCGUGACGCUGCCGUUCCUCUUCAACGGCAAUACGCUGCGCAGCAUUUCGCUUGCGCGUAAACGUACGCUCACAAAGGGGACAGAGUAUACUGUGUCGGGCGAGAAGAUUACCUUCGCGGCCUCCUUCCUUAACACUAUCCUCACGCCUACAUCACAAUACGGAUCUCUCGCAAACCUCACUCUCCAGUUCAACCAGGGCGCUGACCUCCAGGUCAAUAUCCUGCAGUAUGGAACUCCUGUCCUGGCGCAGACGUCUGCGAAGCUGCCCGCCACGUCGGCGGACUUGUCAAUCCCGAUUACGUGGCGUGGUCAGAACCGCCCGGCGGCUGUCAAGGCGAUCAAGAGCGAUGGGAGUUAUCUGAUGGAUGACUUUACACAGUACUUUGGCCCUCUGCAGCAGGGGCGCAUCACGUAUGGCAGCUGGGAUUGGGAUGCGAGUAAUGUCAUCUUGAAGGCGAAUGUGAUAGACGCAGUGCGGAGCGGGGGCAAGGAUACGACGUUCACGAUCGAGUUCUAUCCAAGGGAGGCUGGGAACAGUGUGGACUUCGUAGUCAAGGUGUGAAGGGGAACAGAAUAGUUGAUCAGAUUAUUUUCAUUAUCGC